AUGUUCUUUGUUCUGAAACGCUCUCAGAUUCUUUCCAUUGGGAAAAUUGUGUCCCCCAAGUGGAAAACGUUCAAAGGCCUGAAGCUGCUGCAGCGUGACAAAAUCCGGCUCAAUAAUGCCAUCUGGAGGGCAUGGUACCUGCAGUAUGUGGAGAGGAGGAAGAACCCUGUGUGUAAUUUUGUGACGCCGCUGGAGUGCAGUGUCGGGGACGAGCACCGCAAACCGGAGGCCGUGAUCAUGGAAGGGAAGUACUGGAAGCGCCAGAUUGAAGUUGUCAUUCGGGAGUAUCACAAGUGGAGGUCGUACUUCUGCACCCAGGUCCAGAGGAACAAAGACGAACCUGAGUCUUUAUCCGCCCAGGUACAGAUUCCUUGUUUUGUCCCUACAGCUUGCAGCACCUUCUUCUGGGAGAGGCUGGACAGGAGUAGCCAGCUUGGCGUUCCCCCAUGCCCAGCAUCCCUGCCUCAUUCUCUAUAGUGCCACAUGCUGGGAAAAGCUGGGACUGAGGUAGCUGGGAGCUCCCCAUCAUAACUCCAGGGCUCCUGAUCCUGCCUGAGUACACAGCAUUGGCUGCAUAGCUGGUGGGGGUGGAGGAGUGGGGCCAGGCCAAUAUGAGUGGCACUGCAGCCCAAGGCAUCAAACUCAGAUUUUGAGGUGAUGGAUGGGUUCAUAGGCCAGGGAGAUCGGGCUGGUGGGGAGGGGGAGAAGAUGGAGGAGCCGUGGCAGGGCUGUGUGUAUAGCAAAUAUGUGCUGCUGCCCCCUCUACUUUAAAUGGCGCUCCACAGCCCCUGCAUAAGAUGAAUCUGCACCAGUGUUCCCCCUCCAUGGUCCGGCAAGGGUACCCACUCUCAGCUGCAGGCUUCUGAGCUGUCCCCUCUCUUGGGCAGAGACACACCUCUCUCGCCUCCUGCCUGGGGCAUUUCCAGGCUGCACAGGCCCCUGGCUGUGCUGUGAGAUUCCCCCAGCAAAGCAGACGGCCUAACCAGGCCAGCAUCUGUGCUUUCUCUUCAGAGACUAACAGUAGCCACCUUGCUCACACUCACGUGGCUUUGCUGAAAAAGCACUCUUAUUCUGAAGGCAAAAGCGAUAGCGAGCAAAUAGGAACAGUACGAGAAACUACCUGGGAUAGUAAUCUUGCCAGAGAUCACCUCAGCUCCAACCAGGGCACUGGCCAGUGAUCAGUGCUUCAGCCCCCAGCCGGGGUAUUUCUGUGCUCACAAGUCCAUAGCAGCUGUCGCUCAGCACUGGCUUCCCCAGGAGUUAGGAGUGACCCUUUAACCCCAAGCAGUGGGUUUCUUCUCAAGGUGCCGCUUCAAAACACUAGUUCUGGGAGGAGCGAUUUGCAUCCCCUCUUCCCAGGUAUUUCCUAGGAAAUCAACUCAACUGAAAGGUCAGACUGGAGAGGCCUUUGAAGCACAUGCCACUUCCCAGGGUUUCUGUUUGUCCUGUCUGCCCCUUAAAUGUGUUUCAGUCUCCCACAAUAAUCCAGCUAGUUGUAAUAGACAGCAUCCUCCCAAGGCCCUUCCUGAACUUCGCCAGGGUGCUGCUAGAUACUGUUCCGCCUGUCGCAGGGCUUGGGCUCACAAUUCUCUUUCUCUGUCUCUCCCCCCCCCC